AUGUAUACAGAGAAGAGAACCCUCCGGCAAGGCAUAAGUGCUAGUUCUGCAAUGGCUUACGUUCCACCACACAGGCGGCACUCGAAGGAAUCAGAGAGGCCAUUGCUGACUCCAGAGCUGCUUGCUCCUCAAUCCAAGAAAAACUUAAUUAUCAAGCCAUAUAAUAAGUCUAAUGUGGGAUGGACUGGAGAUACAGUUUAUGCAGACCAUUCUAUAUUUAGAUGGUGCGCCAUCGGUUUGGACGACGAGAACCAGUUUCCAUCUUCUGUUAAUCUGGAGCCCGUUUCCUUGGAGUCUGCUGAUCUGAAUUUUGGAAAAAAUCGUAAGGAAAAGAUUGUGAACGAACUUGUCCCUAAAAUUGGAGUUGAUUUCGAAGAGGAGGAAGAUAUAUACGAAGUACAGUUGUCUGAUUGUACGAGUCCAGAUUCAACUCUCUUCUGCAGAUGUCGGGUAAUUAAAGAAGAGGGAAAGCUAGAACUCUGUGAGAUCCAAUCGAAUCGAGUGCGUAACAUGGUAGUGGACAUUUCGUGCACUACUAAGAAUCUGGACCUGAGUCUAGUGCUAUACACGAGGAGACUCGCAACUAAUCUGACUGAUGAUAAGAUGCGAAGCAUUUCGGAUCUGAUUAAUUCUGCGAUUCUAGUUCCAGACGAGAAGGGUGGAUUGAGAUGGCCCCAGGGGAAGGAGUCUUCUGGAAAUAAAUACAAAGUUGUUAGGGUUUGGCACAUAAUAGCAAAUACGUAUAGAAAUUCAUCACUGAGACUGGAAGUAAAACACACUGAUCGAUUUGAUUUUAGAACCUUAACUGGGGGAGCUUCUUGGGGGACAAGUCUGGUACUGGAAAACGUCAUGUCAAAGUUACAGGAAGAGAAUGUCGAAGCCAGCUCAAUUUCUGAGAUACUCAAGGAAGAUAUGCAGUUGAUAUGGGAUAACUUCUUAAGCUGUGAACCUUUUCUGACAGGAAAUUGCAUUGUAAAUCAGUGAUCACUGUCUUUCUAUGCGACUGUACAUCUGUCUACAUCCCGAGUUUUAUGUUCAACUUUCGGCAUCCUUUGAUGAAUAAUGAGUAGCUGUUUUAAUGUUUCUAGCAAUUCAGUUUGUAUCUGGCACUGUUGAUGGUUAAUGACGUUUUUGAGAUUUUACAUUUCGAUGA